CCACCUUGGACAUCAGUCAGCUCCAGCAAUCCAGUCCAGCAGCAUGCACAACACAAGCAUCCUAAUCGUAGCCCUUGUGGCUUUUUUCGCCAUCGCAGAGGCAGUUCCUCCAUUUCCCACCACAGGUCCCAUUCGGAUCCGUCGCCAGGUGCUCGGAGGUUCCUUAGCCUCCAACCCCGCUGGUGGAGCAGACGCUCGCCUGGAUCUCACCAAAGGCAUUGGCAAUCCCAACCACAAUGUGGUGGGUCAGGUUUUCGCAGCUGGAAACACUCAAAGUGGCCCUGUCACAACUGGCGGAACUUUGGCCUACAACAAUGCUGGCCAUGGUGCUUCUUUGACCAAAACGCACACGCCCGGAGUGAAGGACGUCUUCCAGCAGGAGGCCCACGCCAAUCUAUUCAACAAUGGCAGACACAAUCUGGAUGCCAAAGUGUUCGCCUCCCAAAACAAACUGGCCAAUGGCUUCGAGUUUCAGCGCAAUGGAGCCGGCCUGGAUUACUCCCACAUCAACGGACAUGGUGCCUCUCUGACGCACAGCAACUUCCCAGGAAUCGGCCAGCAACUCGGUCUCGAGGGACGUGGUAACCUGUGGUCCUCGGCGGAUCGGGCAACCCGUUUGGAUCUGACUGGAUCGGCCAGCAAGUGGACAAGUGGACCGUUCGCUAACCAGAAGCCCAACUUUGGUGCUGGACUGGGACUUUCUCACCACUUCGGCUAAAUGUUAAUGUGGUAUAGGUGUAGACUAAUUUAUUUAAAUCAAAAUAACAAACGAAUAAAUAACAUAAUUAUGAAACUAUCUGUGAAUUUAUAAGCCUUUUAAAAUUCAACAAAAAAUACUUCACUUACCAAUUAAAAUAGAAAUAUCCAUUUUGAAACCAAGAUUUAAUAUAAGCUUUUCGUAUCAGUUUACGGUUUUCUUUUAUCGUUUUAUUAUGUAGUUAUUUGAAUAUUUCGCUUAUUAUACCGCACUUGCGUAAACAAUUCGAUCCCACUCAAUGAUUAAUAAUUUUGCUUAUGUUAGUUUAAUGGAUUUUGUUUUACAUUUUUGUUGUGGUUGUUGCUGCUCCUGUUGCUAUCUUCACCAAUUAGGGUUUCAUUUCGUUUUUG